UCCGCCCCGCCACGGAUAACUAUUCUGCCUCAGCGGUGGAACAUCACCUCGCGUGAGCGGUGCUCAGGCAUUUAAAAGCAUUCGGUGGCUCCGGACGCGGAACUAUUUUCCGUAGGCGGCUGCAAGGACUAGUCGGUUGUGCCGAUGCCACGGUCUAGAGACCAGACUGUUGCGGCAAGUAGCUGUGAGUACAGUAUCUAUGAAGGCCGCGCACGCGCAGAUAGAUAACCAGCACCACGCCCAGCCGCCUUUGUUUCCCUAGUGACGACGUUCACCAACUACUCAUUUGAGAAUGAGCCCGCCUAAAAAAAAACACCUCAGGGAAGCCCGUUCACAUAUUCUUUACCGAUUUUGAUCGAGAGCGGGAAUCCCAACUCGCUUCGCCGGGUUCGCAGCGCGCGAACGGCUGCACUACUGCCUCCCCACGAAUCAAUGAAACACACGUGGACAGCCAGUGUCGAUCCACUGCUGGAUUGAUCGCUUCUUAAGAGCCACCGCUGGCACUCGUCACGAUCCUGCGAUGAUUUCAUCGCUCCAUAUAGAUGUCUUAUCGAUAUUUAUAAGAACGUGUUUCUGUUUUCUGAAUGUUAUUUCUGAACCAAGGCCUAAAUUUGAUUCGAGAUUGACGCUGCCAGCGCUGGCCAAGCGCACUAAGGAACGACAGCGGACGUGAACGAUGAAACGCGUGCGGCUUGGGUGGCGGGGCCCGGAGCACUGAAGUCCACAUUGCCAGUACAUACAAUUAAGCGCUGUGUGUUUAAAAUAUAUAGUGAGUGUGAUACUUAUAAGUGGGGGAAAAUGCCUGUUCGAAAUCCCAGCACGACAGUUUAAACAAUGGAGCGAGUUUAUCAACUCCACCUCCCCCAGCCGUUAUCCACCCAGCAGCAGUGUGAAUACAUCAUUGAGCAUUGCAUGGCAGGAUGGGGAUGGUUUCUUUUUAUGUGUUUAGGUGAUUUGUUUACCUUUAUUGUACUUUGCAGUUAUGUUGUUGUAUUGUUUGUUGUAACCUUCUUACCCACCCCUCCAGGACAUCUGUGAAAAAGAGCUUCAUAGCUCAUAUGAUUCCUUCGGCAUAAUUAAACAUUCUGAUUCUGAAUGGGUUAAGUCGACGUGCAGGUCACUGCGGGUGGUGGGUGGGGUAAAGUGGGUACUCCCUAUCUCUUUCAAGAUAUCUCGUCAGCAUGAAAGAGUUGGCCGAAUCUAUCUGGAGCUUUCUCUAGUGGAGGCCCCUUUCUCCAGCAGCAGUGGCGAGUAGCAGUUGCAGAGCUGCGCCUAGACACCGACGAGAGACAUCGAGAACGGAGGCGUUCAUCCAGUAGUAGAGAGAGACUGGCGCAUCGCGAUUGACUUUUCAUUAAUGAUCGAGAACGAUGGGUUCCACGUGAGGGUCGGUGGCUCCGCAUGAACUGCACGUCCCCAGGACGUUCGGCACUCGCGUCGACAGAGCGGCGCGCGGUGACUCGCCCAACUUCCCCAACCACCACCACCACCACCGACUUCAUCCCACGCGUUCACCCAGGAGGAGCGCCUCGCUGAGUCUCAAGCCUCUUUUCAUGAGGGUCCUGCCAAGGGCUCGCUGGAAGGUUGUGCAGCGAUUUCAGCUGCUGCUGCUCUGCGGCAAAACAUGCAAACAAACAUCCUCUGACAAUUAAAUGCAUUGUCUUUGAAACUGAUGGGCCUACACACAUCAGUUCCAAAGAAUGCAUAUAUUAUCAGAGCAUGUUUGUUUGCAUGUUUUGUCACAAGUAUGUGUGGUUAAUGCAGACUUGAUACCUUGCAAAAGGUAUCUACAGUAUUUGGUGUUUGAACAUCUUAACACCUGUUUUAUUGCCAGAAAGGGUCAAACCUAUUCUUAUUUUUCAUCAUUUUGGAUGCUGGAAAAAGGUUCCAAAAAUGUGUUGCUGCUGUGUACAUUGCCAGAGUUGGGAAAUUUGGAGCGUGGAGCCAUUGGCACACAAUGAAGUACUACGUUUUGCUAAUGACGGCACGUCGUAGUUGUAUGGUUCAACACGCGCCGCAGUAUUAACCGAGAGGUGAAGGCGCUCGUGCGCAGCUGAUUCUCGCAGCGAGAAUCAGCUGCGCUAGAUUCCCCACUCGGGCGCCUCUGUGUAUGUGGAGUGUGUUCGCCCUCCCCAUCUUCUACAGUGGGAGUGUGAUUGUGUGUAGUGGUUAGCGCGCUGCGCUACACCCUCUCGUGUACCGUUCCGGCCUUCAUAUGUGCUCGCAAAGAGCACUUGCCCCUACAGUCUGUUAAGGCUAUUCGGGGGGGGGGUCUUUGUGUCGCUGUGUAACCGUGUGUGUAAACACCGACAAGGUGCCCCCUGCUAUAAUUAAACAGUCUUUGUGGGAGUCGCGGUUUCCACCCACGCGGUCACGUGACGCACCCCCACCCCCCUCAAGUGCAGGUGAGGGGGGGGCUGCCAGUUCUCAUUCAGCUCACCACCUCAUCCAUUCACCACCUCUACAACUCACCACAUCAAAUAACAUCGUCAGCUCACCAUUUCAUGAACCCAUGACAAACAGAUUUAACCUCAUUAACUAAUAAAUACCUCAAUCACAUCAAAAUAACCAACCUCCUUUCCACGUCCACUCAUUCGCUUACCACCUCUUCACAAGACUCUCAGAAAUCUGCGGAAGCCAAGCGAUGGGCGAGGAGGGCUCUGCUCUCCCCCGAGUCGUGGACCUGCGAUCACCCCGCUGGGACCAGUCGACGUUUUGGGGGCGCGCGCGCCAUUUCUUUGCCGUCACGGACCCCCGAAAUCUCCUGCUGAGUUCCCACGAACUAGAGCAGGCGCGCUCCAUCGUGACCGACUUCCGGGCAGGCUAUACACAUGCAGAGCUCAGCGAAGAGGAUGUGUGGCAUGCUAAGUAUGCCCAUGACUCUGCGUUCCACCCGGAAACCGGGGAGAAGAUGCUGCUCAUCGGCCGCAUGUCAGCCCAGGUCCCGGCCAACAUGACCAUCACGGGCUGCAUGCUCACUUUCUACCGAUCGACCCCGGCGGUGGUUUUCUGGCAGUGGAUCAAUCAGUCAUUCAAUGCCAUCGUCAACUUCACGAACCGCAGCGGAGUCGCACCCAUCAGCACCAUGCAGCUGGCAAGCGCAUACAUUUGUGCCACAUCGGGAGCCGUGGCUACCGCGCUGGCACUGAAGUCCCUCGCCAAGGUAAGAGGUGACGACCCUAAUCCCAACUGUGACCCCAUCCCAUGUCAUUCCCGGCCAUGGCUCAGUGGUGAACGAUGUCUUGCUUAUUCUUUGGUUCUUUCGGUAAAGUUACAUAAAUAGAAAAUAAUAAAA